AUGGAUGCGAAUAGUGGUGAUAAAAAAAACGUUAGUCUCAUCGUAGCUACCUAUAAAUCAGCUUUACCACAUCAAGGCGCACUUGCACUUACUAUACUACUCCUUAUUAAUCUUUAUUUUGCUGGCAUGUCAUCCAUUACAGUGACAAGUCGAAUCGGCUUUGCAAUGGCUCGUGAUGAUGUAUUUCCAUGUUCGAAUUAUCUUCGUUGGAUAUUCGAACCGACUAAAACACCCCUUGCUAAUGUUCUCUUCGUGUUCAUCAUUGAUUCUCUUCUUCAACUACUUCAAUUAAGAUCAACUACAGCCUUUCUUGCUCUCAUUGCCACUACUACACUUGGCUUUCAAAUAUCAUAUUUUAUGCCUAUUUUUUUUCGUUGUACAGCUUCUCGAAAAACAUUUCCUGUGAGCGAAUUUAAUUUAGGACGAUUCAGUAUUCCGAUUGGAAUUAUCUCAUCGAUAUGGCUUUUUAUUACAUCAAUUCUUAUGUGUUUUCCUACUGAAUAUCCGGUGACAAAAGAUAAUAUGAACUAUGCCAUCGUAAUUAUUGGUGGGGUUGCAUUGAUUGCAUUAAUCUAUUGGAUGGCUUCCGCUCGUUAUCGGUUCGUCGGUCCAAAACGAAUUGAUAUGGAUCCGACAUCGUUGCCACCUGGAUAUUUUAUAGAUGAUCAUGAACUGACGUUUAUAGUGUCCAACUCGCCCAAUACUAUGGUCACUCAUUUCUGA